AAGGGGUAGGUGAAAUUUGGAACAAUUGAAUGGUUGAUGAGUGAUGAGAAUGGUUUCACUUAUUUCAGCUGACUGUCGAAAUGUUUUACAGGCUGUGAAGAAUUAUGUACACAAACAAGAGACUUUCUUCUUACUUUUCAGGACCGUACUGUGCAACAAUCCAGAAAUGACUUUGAUUCCAGGUAACAUUCCCGAUGACACUUUAACACUGGUGAUCGAGCGGACAUUAGUCAGACACGUUUCCGCGCAAGCGUUCUCCUCUGCUUCCCGGCUGGAAUGUCUCAGGUUGGCCUUCAACUCCAUCAGCGAGUUCAGUGGGGAGAGUCUUCAGGGUCUGAUAAGACUGAGGGAACUUCGGCUAAACGACAACGCUCUUUCAACCUUCCCGUGGGAAGCCCUCUCCCACCUGCCUCGUCUCUGGCUCCUUGACCUGCAUAACAACGUUCUCUCAUCAUUCCCCUCUCAAGCGGGUAGUUACUUCAAAAACAUCACCUAUCUGGAUUUAUCAAGUAACAGGCUGAGGACUCUCUCAACCAGUGACAUCUCAAUGUGGCUGGUGAUUCCUCCCACGGCCAGAGUGAUUUUAUCCACCGUUCAUUCAAAACUCAUCAUAGGAUUACAUAACAAUUCUUGGGACUGUGACUGCUGGUUAUCAGAACUAGUUCAUUUUGUUAAGAUGCAGCAGCAUCCAACAUCAAUAUUGAUGGAUCCCGGAUUAAAGUGCUCCCGGCCUGAACAUCUCUCCGGAGCUCUCUUUAGCAGCAUCGAGCUGAGUAAAUGCCAGAGCCCCAGCAUCCGUGCAGCAGAAAGUAAAGUGACUGCGGUCCCUGGAACCACGGUCUCUCUUCACUGUGCAACCACCGGAGUUCCCAGCCCGACCAUCAGCUGGAGUAGAACGGAUAACAUGCUGCUGAACGGGACAGGUGGGUAUCAGAGCAUCGCAGCCAAGUACGAGGGGUGGGAGGUUGCAACCUUCACGUGGUCCCAUAUGGUUCAUUCAUUGUGUCUUGCAGUGAUACAGGAAUACACCAACAGGACCCAGAGCGGGUCUACUCUCAGCCUAGAUGAUAUAUCCUACCAAGACUCUGGUGAAUAUUUGUGCCGAGCCAGUAACCUGAUGGGAACAUCAGGGGCUAUGAUGUCCCUGCUUGUGGUUGACUCUGCCAAGGCAAAGGUACCGAUCAAAAGCACGGCAGGAUGGAGAUGUCCCAGAAAACUGAGGAAUCAGAAAGCUGCCCGACGCAGUAGGAAACUGAUGGCCCAGUACAUGAGCAUGCUAACCAACAAGGUUUCACCCAGAGAGAUGCCGAGAGGCUCCUAUUCCAGUGGUGGGACAGAUUACUUCACCCUGCAUCAAGAUCAGUUGGAUACAGCCACAAAUGCCCCGGAGUUUGUUUCCCUGAAGAUGAAUCCUUCAAAAAUUACCAGCUUGUCGGAAAAUCGCAGAAGUGUCGAUGAAUCCAGCAAUGUAACAUUGAGACCUUCAUUGACCACACCUGAAGCAGACUGCUUAGUGAGAACAGUCAGAGUGAUAGGGGGCACCUAUCACAGUGUUUCAUUGGCUUGGCGUUCACCCAAGGCCACAAACGUCACACUAUUUAGCAUUUUGUACACAACGUUUGGUGAAAGGGACAUGAAGAGGAUUAACGUGGGGCCUGGGAAGACCAAGAUCACCAUUGAUGGAUUGAUGCCACAGAACAAGUACAUUGUGUGUGUCUGUGUGAAAGGGAUCAUCCCCAGGAAAGAGCAGUGUGUGAUCUUCUCCACCGACGAGGUGGCCCACGCGAGCGGGACCCAGAAGCUGAUCAACGGCAUAGUGAUCACUGUGGCCUGUGUGAUUGUCAUCCCCCUCACCCUCAUCGUCUGCUGCGGUGCCCUGAAGAGACGCUGCAGGAAGUUUCUGAUCAAACCCCCCGAAGACGAUGACCAAAACAACUCCUUUGCCCCCUUUGAAAGCUUGGCAAUGGGGCCCAGGCCGGACACCACUGAGGAAGAUUAUCUCACGAAUCACGAUAAGGAUGAGGCCAACAGGCUGCUGUCACCAAGGUCCAGUUUCGAUUCCGAAGAAGCAACAAUUAAUGAAGCCCAACAAAAUGAAUAUUUCUGUUGAUUGAGGAGGAUGGAGGAUGAGAACAUUAUGGAUGAGAAAUACUUUAAAGAUGAGGAUCUCCCUAUUUGACCUUGGCCACAGGAUAAUUUGAUGCAAGCUGGUCAUAAUAUCCCAACACAUCAACAGAUCACCCAAAAAUCCAAAUAUUGAUAUAGUCAUACUAUAAAUCGUCUGUCAACUACUGUGGGGAUUUAUUUCGGCAAAAGUCACCAGUUAUUAUUUCAGAGGUUGCAAACGUUGGUGGCAGAGCAAUAUUUGUCGCUCAUUACCAAGAACAAAUUGCAUCUUAUGAAGAUGGUGGUCUUGGAUCAUGGUAUUCCAUGCAUUAACGUGUUGUAGGGUAGGGAAUUCCAGAAUGUUGAUCCCAGUUAUAAGGAACGAGGGCAACAUAUUUCCGAAUCAAGGUUGUGUAUCACUUGGAGGGGAAGAUGCAGACAUUGCUGUUCCAAUUCUCUGGCCACCCUGUUUCUUUUAGGCCAAGGGUAUAAGAAGCUUUGGUGAGUAGAACUCCAUAUAGUUAGUGAACACUACAUCUGCAAUGUACAGGUUGUGGAGGGAAUGAGUGGUUAAAGUGGCGGGGAUGAAGUCUCACUACCAUCUUCUAUUGGAUAUCAUCAGCCGUCUUGAAUGAUGUGGUGUUGCUCGCAGCCCGACAAGUACAUGGAUAGGAAAGGUUUGUACGGAUAUGGGACAAACCAUGGGUAAGUGGGACUAUUAUAGGUGGGGAAUCUCGGUCGGAAUGGGCAAGUUGGAUCGCAGUGCCUGUUUCUGUGCUGUAUGACUCUAAACGGAAAGUAUUCCAAUACACAGCUGGCGUGUACAUUGUUGAAGAUCGGAGGUUUGGUGAUGUUAAUGCCAUUGACCAUCGAGGGGAGUUCAAUCUCUUUGAUAUUGGUGGCUUUCUCCUUUUGAGGUCAGAUACAUAUGCAAGUCCAGCUUCAGAGAUUUGAACACAAUAUUCGAGUGUUGUGCUGCAGUGUUUGAUGAGCCUUGCAUUCGAUGGGAGAUUAAACCAGGGCUCUGUUUACAUUCUUAUGUGAUCCCACUCCCAGUACUUCUUUCAAAUGGUUCAUCGUGGAAGAAUAUUCAUCAGAAGAGAGAGUAGACAGUGGUAGAUUUCCUGUAUAAUGGCAAAUCUCAUAUUGGACCAUUUCCUUUAUUUUUCCAAAUCUUGUUAAAAUAAUUCUGUUGAUGCUUUGGACACUUAAUUAAGUUUAGUUUAUAGAUACAGCUUGGAAACACUGACCCUGUCCUGGCCACACCCAUUCAAGUCAGACCUCAAAACAAUUGUCUCCUGUUUAGUUUCUGCUGAUGAUUACAACACAGACGAUAUAAACAUUUCAAUGGCCCAGUUUUUCCCAACACGUGGUUUAAGAGCGGCCUGUUAUCAGACGUAGUCUAAACACACAUUUCUUAUGUUGCAUGAAAUUAAAAUAGAUCUGCUAAUCUUGUCUUGCCGCUGACUGGCUAGCACACAACCAAAGCUUUUCGUUGUACCUCGGUACAUGUAACGAUGAACUAAACUCAAACGCAGAUCCAAAUUCUCUGCAACUUUGUCACAUCUGCCUGUGGUCUACAUUUGUGUACAUGUAGUCUAUGAACCCGAUUCAUGCAUUGAUGAACACCAACUUUGUAUUCAUUUUUAUAUCACUUGUAGAUGUUUACUGACGGCAAUGUUGUAUCUGAGGCAGGAUAUGUAUCUGAUAUUAGCAGAACCAUUUUCAUACCAGACCAUAAACGAUAUGUGUAUUUAGACUAUGUCUGGCAUCAGGCGGCUUGUUAAAAUCAUAUAUCAUGUUGAAUUUUGUUUUAGAAUCACUUUGUUUCAAAUUCGGAGAUUUGCCAUAUACUGAUAUAUUGCACAAACUCGGAGUGAAUUCAAGUUUGGGCUAUUUUUUUUCUCACUGGAUUGAAGAUUAGGGUCUAAUUCACCGUCUACUCUGACCAACCUGGUGAUUUUAAGUCUGCAUCAGAUAAGAUUACUGUUAAUGUGAUUAAAGAUAAUCGCAAACUCUGGGCCCACACAUGUUCAGUCGCUGCGGUGACUAAUGCCUCGCCUGCAGAGAAGUCAAUAUGGACGUGAUGUGGAACGUUUUCUGUCUUCUCCUUAUCUGCUGUGCUGGAGAAACGAGGGCAUCCUGCGUGACAGAAUGUUCCUGCAGAAAUGACAGCUUUGGAAGGUGAGAGUGGGAUUUAUUCAAUUGUAUGAAGUACUUCUGACACAUGCCGUACAUUGUCAAAUACAUAUAUAUGCAAUCCAUGACCUACAUUGAUGAUUAAACAAGGUA